AUGGGGUCUGAGUCGAGAUUGUUUAGUUGGCAAGAUAUUCCUAAUCUUCCUAAUCUUCUUGCUGCCGAAAGCAUAAAAAAGUUCAAUAAAUUAGAUAAGCAGGGAAAACCAUUAGUCCAUUCAAACAAAGCAGAGUGGACUGUAUUGGCUUGUAUAUUAGCUGUCUAUACCUCAUCCAAGGAUGAUUAUUCUAUUCAAGUCAUUUCAUUAGGCACAGGACUCAAAUGCCUGCCCUACAGUAAACUCUGCAAGACUGGAGAACUUGUUAAUGACAAUCAUGCAGAAGUCAUUUGUCGGAGAGGCUUUAUAAAGUAUGCACUGGAACAAGCAGAGAAACUCAAAUCAUCUGAAGAGGUCGAUAGUCCAUUCUAUUCUUCAGAGAGUGGUGGUGAUGCUUCAAUGUCCAUGUUAGCCGAAGCCCAAAAACCCGAAUCAUUAGAGGCAUUCAUGGCCGGCAAAAGAAAGCAGGAUGUAAAUCAAGAACGCCAGCUCCUUGAAAACAUUUAUGCAAACAAGAAACGCAAGACCACCGUUAUUAGUGAGGGCUCAGAGGGCUCAAGAGUCCUGCAUCUCAAUCCAAUGUUUCAAAGGGGUCGCUUUGGAUUUGAUCAUCUGGGUGUACUUCGAACAAAACCAGGCAGAGUUGAUUCUGAGCCAACCCUGUCAAUGUCCUGCAGCGACAAGAUCGCUCGUUGGAAUGUACUUGGGUUACAAUCGGCUCUAUUGUCCAACAUCUUUGAGCCAGUCUAUCUAGACUCGAUUGUCGUGAGUGACAUGUUUGAAAAGGAAUCACUUGAGAGAGCCCUUUACGGUAGAUUGGAAUCACUACAAGAUUUGCCUGUUCCUUAUAGACUUCAUCGACCAAAGAUAUAUCCUACAGAUAUUUCAUUUGAAGCAUCUAAAAGUGUACUGGAAUCUACAGGCAAAUAUUCAACAUUAGUAUCAAGCGGGGCAGCCAUUUCAUGGGUUGCAGGAAUGCCUAGAUCAGAAGUCAUUGUGCAUGGAAGGAAGCAAGGUGUUCCAAAAGGCAAGCCAACCAACCCAAAAACAAGACCUUUAAUCUGCAAGCUUUCUUUAUUCAAUCGAUUUCUUUUGAGCCACAAAGGAGAACCCAAGACAUACCUGGAGUGGAAAAGAGAAGCAAUUGAUUAUCAAAAAGCAAAACAAUGUCUGCUUGAUCAAUGUUUCCAGACCUGGGUUCAGACACCUGAUGAAUAUCAAGAUUUUUCUUUCAUAGAAUAA